AUGAGCGAGUGGGGCGUUAUUGACCAGGAGAUCGACAAGCGUGGCCUUAUAGUCCAAGCUAUCCUCGGCGAUCGCUGUAAGCACGUUCUCGGCGUGAGCAAAUCCUUGGUUGAGCUCGAUAGAGGGCUUCACCGCGCACAACGCGUCAUUGAUAGCAUCAGAAGUGUGGAUUGUAGUGUUAGACCUCGCACACCCCCUCCAUCCACCUCUAUCGAUCCAAUUCCAGCUCUGGUUAAGCUUGUUCACGAUUCAACCGAGAAUAUCUGGCGAUUUAUGGAAAAUGAUCAGCAUCUGCACUCCGCUUGGUUGUAUUCUCUGGCUAGAAUCACUCAUAUACAAUUAUCUACAAAUUAUCCCGAAACUCUCAAUCAACUCGUCAUUCUCAAGUCUCAGUAUGAAUCUACGGUACAACUGAAGCAGCAGAUAGUUUUAAAGGGCGUCAUAUCUCUUAUUAAGCAGUCUAUUAGUUAUCAAGAUGCUUUGAGAACUCUCACCGGCCUCAUCCUCCUCGACAGCCCAACGUAUAAUCAAUCUUUAGAUAGGCUACUACAACAGCGUUCAGUCGCGCUCAAUCACAUACAGAACAACCUUUCACCGGUAACAGUCAUCAGCCAAUCACUUCAACUUAUCAAUGAGUCCCAUGACUUGGUUUAUAAUCUCUACAUUGAGGAAGGUUUGAGCAAUUUCAUACACCAAUGCAGUGAAAAUACUGCCGAUAUUACCACAAAGAGUCUUAUCGAUCAACUGUCUGGCUCAGAGAUUAUCACUCACAGAAUACCCAACCAGCUACUCAACUACACACCUUACUUUGCUCCACUUGAAAAAUUAUCAACAGAAUUCAUCACAGGCAGUCUUUCAAAAUGGACAGAUUUCAGCUUAGGCAGUUUAAGGACGGUUUUAGAUCCUCACUCUGGUCUUUUGUCUACUGUCAAGAGCAUUCCAGACCUAUGUCCACUUCGAGCAAUCGUUGAGAUUACCAACAUUCCCACUGUAAAAGACUUUUUCGUUGGUUUGCUGGAAGAACGCUGUCAAAUUCUUUGGAUAGACCUGCACAGCAAUUUCUUAGAAACAACCUUAACAAAGAUAAACAAGGCGAUCAACACAGUCACCCAUAUACCCAAUUCCAAGAACGACCCGAUCACAAAUCUACUGUCACCGCUUCCCAACGAUAUCAAUAUCGCGACAUUCACAACGAAACGGAUCUCAAUAGUCAGUGACAUUUUACAAAUCAUCAGUAAUCAAGCAGCGACAAUCCACCAUCAGGUGGUAGACUUUGUUGUAGCUCCCGACACUACUCUUCAAUCGGAAGGAUUGUUGGGAGUCUAUAGAGAGCAUGCCAAGGCCAUGUUGGAUGGCUUUGUUGAGAGAUUGACCAACACGUUUGACACACUAGUAUCAAACGAGCACCAGACACAGCGCAAACGGCAGCUGAUGGUAUUGCGACAACUACUUGACUCAUUAUCUGAGGAAGAAGGGAUAGCCAAGAACAUAACUCUUAGCGAUACGCUGCAAGUGAAUUACGAUAAUCUCAUACAUAAAGUGACAAAAAAGUGGGCUGCGGAUGUCGUUGAUGAGCACCUCAAAGCUGACACUUUUAAAUGGACCGAAUGUGAAUUGGAUGGGGAUGAAUCGAGGUGGGAGACGCUACAUGUUGGCGAAGAAGAUACGAAGAUGUUUAAAAUACCAAAGGGGCCGUCGUCGGAGCUUUUUGAGCUGCUUUAUACCAUUGCACAUGACGUUUCUAAUAUCUCGCUACACGUGCGUGACAAACGGAGCAUUUUAUAUCAAGUGCUUUCCAACUUGUCUCAAAGAACGUCGACUAUUUUCAAUCAACAGGAGCAUGAUGGUCGGGCUAACGCACGGAAAGCAUUCGAUGUCGCUUUCUUGGCCGUCUUGUGCGGGUACAGUGGAGUAGAGGUGGACGUGAGAGUGGAGGAAGAAGAAAGAGCUGCGAUGUUGGAUGCAGCUACCAAUUCACUCAAGAAGUUUCAGUUGAUGCUGGGUGCGCUUAUCGAUGCGCCUGAAAAGCCAUCUCUAGAUAGUUCAGGUGGUGCAAGUGGUGUUGGCAGCAAGCCCAACCCGCUGCUGAGAUUGGGACCACCGGAGAUGAAGGUUGAUCUCAAUUCAAUGAUUGUGCCGACUGUAGAUCUCAAGCCUAGGAUCAACUUGCUGGCUUUAUAA